AUGCACAUCAAAUCUGUUAUUAUCGAGGGAUUCAAAUCCUAUGCACAGAGGACAGAGAUCAACGGAUUUGAUCCACUAUUCAACGCGAUCACCGGACUGAAUGGCAGCGGAAAAUCCAACAUUUUGGACUCGAUAUGCUUUCUUUUAGGCAUAAGCAAUCUUACUCAGGUACGAGCCUCCAAUCUCCAGGAUUUGGUGUACAAAAAUGGGCAGGCUGGUAUCACCAAGGCCACAGUGUCCAUUACGUUUGAUAACUCCAAUAAAAGUCAGAGCCCUUUUGGGUUUGAAACUCAUGAUGAGAUUACAAUCACCAGACAGGUGGUGCUUGGUGGCAGAAAUAAGUACCUAAUCAAUGGGGUUAAUGCCAACAACACCAGGGUACAGGACCUGUUCUGCUCUGUUGGCCUCAAUGUCAACAACCCGCAUUUCCUUAUCAUGCAGGGAAGGAUCACCAAGGUCCUAAAUAUGAAGCCACCAGAGAUUCUUUCCAUGAUUGAGGAGGCAGCCGGCACCAGGAUGUAUGAGUGCAAGAAGAUCACUGCUCAGAAAACUAUUGAGAAAAAGGAGGCCAAGCUGAAUGAGAUUCAGACUAUUUUGGAUGAAGAAAUUACACCCACCAUGUUGAAGUUAAAAGAGGAGCGCUCAUCUUACUUGGAAUAUCAGAAGUUGAUGCGAGAGAUCCAGCACCUUUCGCGGUUAUAUGUGGCCUGGCUUUUUGUAUGUGCAGAAGAGACCAAGCUGAAGUCAGCUGAAGACCUGAAGGUCAUGCAGGAUAACAUUGCCCAGAUGCAGGCCAGCAUGGCUGACAAUGAGCAGAAAGUCCAGGAACUCUCAGCUCAGAUUAAGGAGCUGCAGAACAAAAGGGAUAAGGAGGUAGGUGGCGUGUUGAAGUCCCUGGAGGAGGCUCUGUCUGAUGUACAGCGUGUGGAUGCCAAGGCCCAGAGUACCCUGGACCUGAAAAAGCAGAACCUUAAAGAUGAGACUAAGAAGAGGAAGGAGCUUGUGAAGAGUAUGGAGGAGGAUAAGAAAAUGCUGGUAGUGAAAGAAAAAGAAGUUGCUAAAUUGGCAGAGAAGCUUGGAGCUCUACAGGAGGAGGGCAAACAAGACAACGCGGCCCUAGAGGCAGCCGAACAGCACUUCCGGGCCGUGUCAGCAGGCCUCUCCACUAAUGAGGAUGGGGAGGAGGCCACGCUAGCAGGACAAAUGAUGGCGUGCAAAAAUGACAUGAGCAAGGCUGAUACUGAGGCCAAACAGGCCCAAAUGACCCUGAAGCAUGCCCAGGCUGAGCUGAAGACCAAGCAGGCAGAGGUAAAGAAGAUGGACAGUGGCUACAAGAAGGACCAGGACGCUUUGCAGGCUGUCAGCAGCAGCAGGGAGAAACUUCAGGCAGACCUGGCCAAACUCAAUUAUGAGGAUGGAAAGGAAGAGAGUCUGCUUGAAAAGAGGAGACAGCUGUCCAGAGAAGUGUCAAAACUCAAAGAGACCUAUGAGAGUCUCAUCUCUUGCUUCCCUAAUCUGCGCUUUAACUACAGGGAUCCAGAAAAGGGCUGGGACCGUAGCAAAGUGAAGGGACUGCUAGCUAACCUGAUCAAAGUCAGCGAUGUCUCCUACGCCUCAGCGCUGGAGGUGGUGGCUGGAGGACGACUGUAUAACAUCGUGGUUGAUACAGAGGUGACAGGCAAAAAGCUGCUGGAGAAGGGGGAGCUUACGCGGCGGUACACCAUCAUCCCCCUGAACAAGAUCUCUGCUAAGACGCUUAAUGAGAAUGUGAUCAACAGGGCCAAGAGUCUGGUUGGAGAGAACAAUGUCCACACAGCCCUGUCCCUGGUGGGCUACGAGGCUGACCUUCGUAAGGCCAUGGAGUAUGUGUUUGGCUCCACGCUGGUGUGUGACACGCUGGACAAUGCCAAGAUGGUAGCCUUCGAUAAGAAGGUUAUGACCAAGACUGUUACCCUGGGAGGUGACAUCUUUGACCCCCAGGGCACUCUCAGUGGAGGAGCGCGUUCCCAGUCGAAAUCAGUGUUGUCCAGUUUGCAGGAGCUCAAGGGGGUUCAGGAUGAACUAAAUGACAAGGAAGCCCAGCUUCAGGACACUGACCGACAACUGGCUAGCCUUAAGGGAACUGCUGAGAGGUACCGCCAGCUGAAGCAGCAGUACGAGCUAAAGAUGGAGGAGGAGCAGAUCCUGCAGGCCAAGCUACAGCAGAGCUCCUUUCACCAGCAGCAGGAGGAGCUAGAGAGGCUGCGCAAGGCAAUCGCUGAGAGUGAGGAGACGCUGUGCAGCACCAAAGAGGUUCAGAAGCGGUCAGAGGAGAAGUACAAGGUGCUGGAGAACAAGAUGAAGAACGCGGAGGCGGAGCGAGAGAAGGAGCUGAAAGCCGCCCAACAGAAACUCAACGCAGCUAAGGCCAGAGCUGAUGCCUUCAAUAAGAAGCUCAAGGAGAAACAGCAGGAGUCAGAUGCUGUGUCUCUCGAGGUUGAAGAGUUGCGGAGGGAGCAGGCUGGUUAUGAGCAGCAGAUCCAGGGUGUGGACGAGGCAAUGAAGGCCGUCCAGGAACAAAUUGACAGUAUGGCUUCCGCUGUGGCGGAGAACAAGGAGUCCGUGCGUAAGGCCCAGGAAGAAGUGGCCAAACAGAAGGAGGUCAUCAUGGCACAGGACAAAGAUAUAAAGGGGAAGACCACAGAGGCAAAUAAAAUAAGGGAACAGACCAACGAGGCCCAACUGAAGAUUAAGGAGCUUGAACACAAUAUCAGUAAACACCGAAAGGACAGCCAGGACGCUGCUGCAAAGGUGUCCCGGAUGCUGGAGGAACAUGACUGGAUCCAAUUGGAGCGCCACUUGUUUGGCCUGCCCAACACGUCCUACGACUUUAAGACCAACAACCCCCGAGAGGCGGGCCAACGGCUAAAGAAACUGGAGGAGACCACCACCAAACUGGAGAGGAAUGUCAAUAAGAGGGCCAUGAACAUGCUGAAUGAGGCAGAGGAGAGGUACAACGACCUGAUGAAGAAAAAGAGGAUUGUGGAGAAUGACAAGUCAAAGAUCCUACAAACCAUCAAGGAGUUGGACCAGAAAAAGAACGAGGCUCUCAACAUAGCCUGGCAGAAGGUAAACAAGGAUUUUGGAUCCAUUUUCUCCACCCUGCUACCAGGCGCCAAUGCUCGGCUGGCUCCCCCCCAGGGCUGUGGUGUCCUGGAGGGCCUGGAGUUCAAGGUGGCCCUGGGUAACACAUGGAAGGAGAACCUCACGGAGCUCAGCGGCGGGCAGAGAUCUUUGGUGGCCCUGUCUUUAAUCCUGGCCAUGCUGCUGUUUAAACCUGCUCCCAUCUACAUCCUGGAUGAGGUGGACGCUGCUCUGGAUCUGUCCCAUACACAGAACAUUGGGCAGAUGCUGCGUACACACUUCAGACACUCUCAGUUUGUGGUGGUGUCCUUAAAGGACGGGAUGUUCACCAACGCCAAUGUGCUGUUCAAGACAAAGUUUGUCGACGGCAUGUCUACAGUGUCUCGGACCGCCCUCAGCCAGAGUGAUGCCAGCCUCCCUCAGAAGAACCAGGACAAGGCCCGGCCAAAAGACAAGAGGAAUAAGCAGAUCAUCGGCUAAGAAGCGUUCCAUUAAAAGUGAUGAGAGUCGCGUUUUUAAAUUUGAUUUAACAUAGCCACACCAGGCACCUUGUCGCACUGUGUAAAUAUUUUAUCUGUUCAAGCUUUUGAUGCUCCUGGAUUUGUCUACCUGCUCUAGUUCUACUCAUUUUCCUAUUUCCACUUAUUUUCGUCAUAACCCAGUGUGUUAGUGUACAUGUCCAAUUGAGUCUUAACACUUUAUUUGAAGGGGUGUGCAUAAA